UCUGCAUUCCACAAUCGCUGGAGGAUAUGUCAUCGGUGCAGCGCAACAUCUUCUCUGUCCUCGCUCAGCACACUUUAGACAGCACUGUAGACGCGAACAAAGAGCAAUGUACAGAACUGAACAGAUUGGUCACAUUGCUUUUGGACGGCAACGACAGUGCUGUUGAGUACAUCUUGAAGACAUCAUCGAACAGACUCGUGCACGACAAAGAUGAGAAAGGAUGGUCGCUUUUGCACUACGCUGCCGAACAUGGACGCGCUGAAGCGGCAGAGAUGCUGCUCGAGAUUGGCGCAUGUGCUAGUGAAAGAGAUAACGACCAGAACACACCGCUACACAUUGCUUGUCGCAGUAAGGAAGCAGCAGUUGCUCACAGACUCAUCAUUUACGGUGCAGAAGUGACGGCCAGAAAUAGAUAUGGAGUAACUCCACUAAAUCUAUUAGGAAAAUGUCGAAGUACUCAGGGCAUGCUUUUGAAGCGAAUUUUGCGCGAACCCGGUACUGUACUCGCAUUUCCUAGCAGGUCAUACUUCGAGGAGUCUUUGAAAGCGUUUUGGGCCUCAAGGCGUGGCGUUGAUUAUGAAUGGGAGCAGAAUUAUAAUCGCCUAGUUAGACACAACUUUGAUGACUUGUACUUGCUGCUGUGUCUUGUACAGAGUUAUGGUGGCAAUUUUCAGUGCAUUAUUGGCAAUAAAUGGAAUGCUGUCGACUGUGAACUUUCAGCGAACUUUCAAGCGUCUGAUGCGCAUGGCAGCUACCAAGCUACAUUUAAUACGUAUCUUCAACAGUAUUUAGUAUACUACAAUAAGACGAUAGCACGUUUAGAGAAACAGCGAAGGAAGUUUGUAAGAAGUACCACGUAUGUUGUGGAGACCUUAGCCAAUGACGUAAGUUUGAGUAAGAAAACAAGCGUGGGGACUCCUGUCGCGACAGCUGACGUCCUGUUGCUCAACGAGCCCCGGAAACCAUUACAGAUGUUUGCAAGAACCGCUGCAUUGGACAAGAAGACAGUCGUUCAUGCAGUCCCAUUGGACCUUAGCAAUGUACUUAGUGGUUUUUCGAGCAGCUUGCGGGCAUCUGAUCAGACUUGUGUAAAUUCGUUUGACUUAUCUGUCAACAAACGGCAGAGGAAAGUGAAGUCUAGCAGGCCAUCGGUCCAGAUGAAAGAGCGACUUGAUUUGGAGGUGAACAGAGUGGGUUGUCAGCAGGAGUUCUCACAGAAUACGUCAAGCGGCUUUGCAAAGGGUACUCAACCUAGAGAAUGUACUCUGGAAGGUUUGACGCAAGUCAGUGGUUACACACAAAGCAAUCAUGUGGCCUCUCCGUUGACAAAUGGCUUCAACUACAGUUCUGUUCCUGUUAAUGGUUUAGUUCAACCCUGUUCUUCGUCAGCUGCUACUUUAGUUACUGACGAUUGUGAAAACGUAAAGGAUAAGGCAUUGGGAUCUGCUUUUGUAUUGGAUAAUAACGCAUUUCCCAAUGGCUUGGCAGGCAGAGAUGAUGUUUGCAUGGAUAUUGAUACAAAUGUGGACAAUAUGACGAAAUUGAGUGGAAGCUGUCUUGUGCAGACUGGCAAUCAAGACACGCAAGAGGACAAUGCGUGUCUCAAUGUCAGUGUCACUGAGAGUAAAGAGAAAGCAAGGUCUAUUAGAGAAAGUUUUCCGUUUUGUGAAGAUACCAUAGGAACAGAGAACUGCAGCUACGAUGAUAGAUUUAAUAAAGAAACGAAGACGUGCGUGAAUGGACAUUUACGGAAUAAAAAGAGACGAGCUGUUACGGAUACCGAAAAUCGAUAUUUAUUUUGGGAAAAACAGGCUUGUGCACCAGAAGUGGCAAUUGUCUUGGAAAGGAAUGAAGAAUCCCAACAACAUUGGAAUGGAUGUGAUGAUGUACAAGGACAGCAGCCUCCAUUUGUUGUCACAAGUUCGGCACGCGAGGCCUGCGGUGAGGGAGCAGACAUGCAGAAACGACUUCAAGGCAUGGUGCCUCGACGCGGAGCCGGUGAAUGCAUGCUGCACGUGGCAGCACGCUGUGGUGAUAUGGUGGCUGUGCAGUACUUGUUGUGUCGCAGCACGUCAGUCAAUACCAAAGACCAUGCAGGUUGGACGCCUCUUCACGAGGCUGUUAGGGAGGGGCACAUCAAUGUGGCCGAGGUUCUUAUUCGUAAUGGUGCAGACGUGAAUGCGGGAUCUAGUGACGGAACAAGGCCAUUGCAUGAUGCUGCUGCAAGUAAUGAUGUGAGAACAGUGCGCAUGCUGUUGGCUUGCGGUGCUGUGGCGACCGCUGAAAAUUACAGUGGAGAGACGGCGUAUGGCUUGACUAGCAGUGUGCAAGUUCAGCGUACUCUACAAGAAUUUUCAUCGUUUGUUGUGCCAGGUGCACGGAAGAUUUGUGGAGAUGAAGAUAGUAAGACUGUUCCAGCGUUACUGUGUGGGCAAUACUCGUACGGGCCAGUAUUUGAGAUGUGGGAUCGACCGCCACCUGUCUUGUUUUCGCUAUCUCUGUGUGAAGAAGAGUCUAACAGGUACCGCAGCUACUUUUUACUGCCGGAUGUGCUUCAUUUUUUGGACAUGAAUGAAGCUUCCUUUGCUACUCGCUUUCCCGCUAUCGAACCAAUUUCUAUCUCGUGUGCGUUGUUUUCCAGUCAAGUGUCUCAUCUUCUCGUCUCCCAUUCUGGAGUAGUUCCCGAUUUCUCCGGUGCGACUAGCGAAGAAAUUAAGUUAGUUGAGUAUUCAAAUCAACUAAGACAAGCACUCGGCGUUGACGUACAAGUGCUGGAAUGACCACUAUCGUUAUGACAUUGUAUGGUGGCAACAUUGACAAGUUCGAUGCUUGUCCCAAUAUAACAUUUUGAUAAUUGAUUGAUGCAAGAGCUUUACGCAAAAUCACAGAUAUCUUGUCUAUACUCAUACGAAAAUUGGAAAGGCUAUUUUGAGUUUUUAGUAGAGGUUGAAUGUGUACUUAUAUUAUUGCUAUUUCUGUUGGAACAUUUGAGUUUUCGACAAAUGAA